CGCAGCCUGGCUAGAAACUCGUUGCGUUCGGCCUUUUUUUUAUGAAGGAUGGAGGAGUCUGUGUCUAAGAGGAGACCACCCUCUCCAACACCCACCUGUGUGUCUAUGAAGAGUGACAUGUCCAAGGAUUUUUACAUCAAUUUUAAAGGAGACAGUUCAUCACCUCAACAGAUGGAGGAGUCUGUGUCUAAGAGGAGACCACCCUCUCCAACACCCACCUGUGUGUCUAUGAAGAGUGACAUGUCCAAGGAUUUUUACAUCAAUUUUAAAGGAGACAGUUCAUCACCUCAACAGAUGGAGGAGUCUGUGUCUAAGAGGAGACCACCCUCUCCAACACCCACCUGUGUGUCUAUGAAGAGUGACAUGUCCAAGGAUUUUUACAUCAAUUUUAAAGGAGACAGUUCAUCACCUCAACAGAUGGAUGAGUCUGUGUCUAAGAGGAGAUCACCCUCUCCAACACCUACCUGUGUGUCUAUGAAGAGUGACAUGUCCAAGGAUUUCCAAGGAGACACUUCACCUGAACAACAGCAGCGUGAUCAUGUGCAGGAAAUGCAGCAGAUCCACAAGUCUCAUCUGCAGAAAAGAUUUCAGUGUCUACUUGAGGGCAGCACAGAGCAGGGAAAUUCCACAGAAUUGAACAAGGUCUACACAGAUCUCUACAUCACAGAAGGGUGGACGGGAGAGGUCAAUAAUGAACACGAGGUCAGACAGAUAGAGAGAACAUUCUGGAGAAAAGUAGCUCGAGGCAGACCAAUCGAAUGCAGUGACAUUUUUAAAUCUGGAUCUGGACAAGUCAAACCCAUCAGAUCAGUGCUGACAAAGGGAGUGGCUGGCAUUGGAAAAACGGUAUCUGUGCAGAAGUUCAUUCUGGACUGGGCUGAAGGGAAAGCCAAUCAGGAUGUCCCCUUCAUAUUUCCUUUUCCUUUUCGGGAGCUGAACCUGAUGAAGGAAAAGAAACUCAGUCUGUUGGGUCUUAUCCAGCACUUCUACCCAGAGAUAAAAGCAGAAGAAAUACUCACCAGUUCAGAGCACAGGGUGAUGUUCGUCUUUGAUGGUCUGGAUGAGUGCCGACUUCCUUUACAGUUCGGCCACAAGCCAAAAUGUUGUGAUGUGACAGAGCAGCUCUCAGUCGACAUGUUGCUGUCAAAUCUCAUCCAGGGGAAUCUGCUUCCCUCUGCUCUCCUCUGGAUCACCACCCGACCAGCAGCAGCCAGUCAGAUCCCUCCUGAGUGUGUGGACCAGGUGACAGAAAUAAGGGGCUUCAAUAAUCCACAAAAAGAAGAGUACUUUGGGAAGCGAUUCAGUGAUGAGAGUCUGGCCAGCAGAGUCAUCAGACACCUGAAGGCAUCCAGGAGCCUCUACAUCAUGUGCCACAUUCCAGUCUUCUGCUGGAUUGUAGCCAUUGUUGCAGAGAGAACAUCAGAAGAAUCAGACAAAGCUGAAAUUCCAAGGACUAUGACUCAAAUGUACAGCCACUUUCUCAUCAUUCAGACAAACAUUAAGAAGAACAAGUACAUGGAUAGAAAAGAAUCCGAACAAGAGAUAAUUUUCAAACUGGGAAAGCUUGCAUAUCAGCAGCUGAAGAAGGGGAAUCUGAUCUUCUAUGAAGAAGAUAUGAGAGAGGCUGGCAUUUAUGGCACAGAAGCGUCAGUGUACUCAGGAGUGUGUACUCAGAUCUUCAGAGAGGAGAAGGAUUUUUACCAUUCGGAGGUAUUCAGCUUUGUGCAUAUAAAUAUCCAGGAGUUCCUGGCAGCAUUAUAUGUGUUUCUCUGCUUCAGCAAUAGAUACAGAAACACGACUGACCAACAUCAAGCAUCUCAGCUCAGCUUAACACUUCAUGACCUGCUCAAGACUGCAGUGGAUCUGGCCCUAAAGAGUAGGAAUGGACACCUGGACCUUUUCCUCCGCUUUCUUCUGGGCCUUACACUGGAGUCCAAUCAGAACCUCCUUAAACACCUACUGCCAAAACCCAGUUGCCAAUCAGAGAGCUCUGUGCAGACAAUCCAGUUUGUCAAAGAGAAGAUCAGAGGUGAGAGUCGUUCAGACAGAAGGAUCAACCUGUUCUACUGUCUGAAUGAGCUGAAUCAGCAUGCUGUAGUGGAACACACUGACAGGAUGUGGGGAAAGCUGUCUGUAGAGAUGCUUAUACCAGGACAGUGGAGGACUGUGAAAUUUGAACUCAGGAUGUCAAAAGAGCACUUGGUUGGAUUUGACCUUCAGAAAUACAUGAAGACACCAGAGAAAGAUCGGACUGAACUCCUCAGCCCUGAUGAUGUUCUUAAGAAACUGGUGCCAGUGGUCUCAACAUCCACCACGUCAACGCUGCAGUCCUGUGAGCUGACAGAGAAGAGUUGUUCCCAUCUGGCCUCUGUCCUGACCUCAGACUCCUCACGUCUCAAAUGUUUGGACCUUAAUAUCAAUGAGCUGUGUGACUCUGGAGUGGAACGUUUAUGUUCAGGACUUCAACAUCAACACUGCAGAUUGGAAACACUAUGGCUGCAGUCCUGUAAGCUGACUGAGAAGAGUUGUUCCCAUCUGGCCUCUGUCCUGUCCUCACACUCCUCACGUCUCACAUGUCUGUACCUGGGUGUCAAUGAUUUGCGUGACUCUGGAGUAGAACUUUUAUGUUCUGGACUUCAACAUCAGCCCUGUAGAUUGGAGAGACUGGAGUAA